AUGUCCAAGGAAGGCAUUCCUGCUAGAGGUGUAAUGAACAUCAAUACUACUCUACAAGAAGUGCUGCAAACCACCCUGAUCCAUGUUGGGCCAGCUAAUGGCAUACACAAUGCUGCCAAAGCCUUAGACAUGCGCCAGGCUUACCUUUGUGUGCUUGCAUCUAACUGUAAUAAGCCUAUGCAUGUCAAGCUCAUGGAGGCACUCUGUGCUGAACACCAAAUCAACGUAAUUAAGGAUGAUAACAAUAAGAAACUAGGGGAAUAGGUAGGCCUCUGUAAAAUCAAUUAAGAGAGGAAGCCACAGAAAUUGGUUGGUUGCAGUUGUAUAGUGGUUAAGGACUAUGGCAAAGAAUGUCAGGGCAAGGAUGUGAUCAAGGAGUGCCUCAACUGCAAGAAAUGA